AUGGUGGCCGGAGUGAGCUUCCUCCAUAGCAACGAGGUGAGUACUACAAUAAUGCCCGCCUUUUCUCCUAUGCUUCUUCCUUGCAUGCUCCAUGGUUCUGUGGGCUGCAUGGCGCUGCCCCCAUCCAAAUCGAGCAAAGGAAGUAGCAUACUUUGCAACAACAUCAUCAACACCAGCGACCUCGACCCGCUACGAGUCAACGGCGAACCCGACCUGCUGUGUGUGAGCACGGCGGAGCUACUGUCCUCGUCUGGCCCAGUCUUUGCCGCUGUGUCCCUGCGCCGAUGCCCGCUGCGCUUCCAUACCCGCUGGAUCUCCAUCUGGAGCUAUGGUGGUCAAGCCAUGGGCGCGGCCGCGGGGCACGACGGUGGGGAGGCCGGGGCGUCACCAUGGAGCGAGGCGGACAACGACGAGCUCGGAGACGGCGUGCCACCCGAGUUGGCGCUUCGGCUCGUCAGGAUAGGGGCUAUCGUGGGCGUUCUUCACAUCGGCAAUCGGCGACGACGGCUCGGCGGCGGCCUAUAG